ACAGUGUGUUUAGGCGAGACGAGUGAAGCUCGUGGAAAAAAGACUGAGAGGCGCGACUGUUCGAUGUAGCGGACUAUCGCUCAAACACCGGGAGCCUGUUGUGUGAAGUUUUCAGGCGACCAAAGAGUGUGUGGCUUUAGGCAUUUCAGUCUUUGAAAAGACGACAACAACUUAUAGUUAACAAACAAUGCGUGUUUAUAUAUUCCUUUACUGAUAACAUGAAAAGAAGCCGACGAAUAUUGCGUUAGUCAAAUGUAAACAAAUUCAUGGACAUGCAUUAUCCCUGCUGUUUGCUGUUGUCGAAUUGACUUGUGUAUUCGUGGGAUAUUCAACAGUUAGCUUUACAUUUUUUGCCUCUUAUAUUACUAACGCGUUAAUAUGGCAGAACACGAAAGUUUGGAGUUCGGAAAGGCGGACUUCGUUCUUCUGGACAAUGUCUCUUUGGACGAGUUUAUGGCAAACCUCAAACUCAGGUUUGAAAAGGGUCGUAUCUACAGCUACAUCGGAGAAGUGGUGGUUUCAGUUAACCCUUACCGUGCCAUGAACAUUUACGGACGGGACACCAUCGAGCAGUACAAAGGAAGAGAGCUGUAUGAGCGACCGCCACAUCUAUUCGCCAUCGCUGAUGCUGCAUACAAAGCCAUGAAGAGGAGGAACAAAGACACUUGCAUUGUUAUUUCAGGGGAGAGCGGAGCUGGAAAAACGGAGGCUAGUAAAUAUAUUAUGCAAUAUAUUGCUGCUAUCACCAAUCCCAGCCAAAGAGCAGAGGUGGAGAGGGUAAAAAACAUGCUGCUGAAGUCCAACUGUGUCCUGGAGGCUUUUGGGAAUGCCAAGACCAACCGCAAUGAUAACUCCAGUCGGUUCGGCAAGUACAUGGAUAUCAACUUUGAUUUUAAGGGAGACCCUAUUGGUGGCCAUAUCAACAACUACCUGCUUGAGAAGUCCCGAGUCAUUUUUCAGCAGGAAGGAGAGAGGAGUUUCCACUCUUUCUACCAGCUGGUGAAAGGAGCUCCAGAUGCUCAGCUGCGGUCCCUGCACAUUCACAGAGACCCCACAGCAUACACCUACAUCAAAGUUGGAGGCCACAUAAAGUCCUCUAUAAAUGACAGUGCUGAUUUUAAAGCUGUCACUGAUGCCAUGAAGGUCAUUGGAUUCACUACAGAGGAGAUUCAGACGGUCUACAAGAUCCUGGCUACCAUCUUGCAUCUGGGAAAUCUGACGUUUGGAAGUGAUGGAGACGUGACUCUAAUUGAGAACUCUAAGCUAGUGUCAGUUCUGGGGGAUUUGCUGUCCACCAAAGAUGAGAAUGUAGAAAAGGCUCUCCUCUAUCGCACAGUGGCCACCGGCCGUGAUGUCAUUGACAAACAGCACACUCAUCAAGAGGCCAGUUAUGGCCGCGAUGCUUUGGCCAAGGCCAUUUAUGAGCGGCUUUUCUGUUGGAUUGUGGGAAGAAUCAAUGAUAUCAUUGAGGUUAAAAACUAUGACGCCAGGGUUCAUGGGAAGAACACAGUCAUUGGAGUCCUGGACAUCUAUGGCUUUGAGAUCUUUCAGAAUAACAGCUUUGAGCAAUUCUGUAUAAACUACUGUAAUGAGAAACUACAGCAGCUCUUCAUUCAGUUGGUGUUGAAACAAGAGCAGGAAGAGUAUCAGAGAGAGGGCAUCCCCUGGAAACAUAUUGACUACUUCAACAAUCAGAUCAUUGUGGAUCUGGUGGAACAGCAGCAUAAGGGCAUUUUUGCCGUCCUCGAUGAGGCGUGCAUGAAUGUGGGGAAGGUGACAGAUGAGAUGUUCCUGCAGGCUCUCAAUGGAAAACUGGCAAAACAUGCCCACUACACCAGCCGCAAGCUUUCUCACACAGACAAAAACCUGGAGUUUGACCGAGACUUCCGCAUCCGCCAUUAUGCUGGAGAUGUGGUUUAUUCUGUUGUAGGCUUUAUUGACAAGAACAAGGAUACCUUGUUUCAGGACUUCAAGAGGUUACUUUACAACAGCUCAAACCCUGUGCUGAAGGCCAUGUGGCCAGAGGGCAAGCUGAGCAUCACGGAGGUCACCAAACGACCCCUGACUGCUGCCACUCUAUUCAAAAACUCCAUGAUAUCUCUGGUGGAGAACUUGGCCAGCAAGGAGCCGUACUACGUGCGUUGCAUAAAGCCGAAUGAUGUUAAGUCACCGCUGCUGUUUGAACACGAGCGCUGCAAGCACCAAGUGGAGUACCUAGGCCUCCUGGAGAACCUCAGGGUGCGACGAGCUGGUUUUGCUAACCGACAAACCUACCCACGGUUCCUUCAAAGGUAUAAGAUGAUCUCCGAGUUCACCUGGCCCAACCACGACCUGCCAUCUGAUAAGGAGGCAGUCAAACGUCUAUUGCAGGGUUGUGGGUUCGAACACGACGUGGCCUAUGGCAAGACAAAAGUGUUCAUUCGCACUCCUCGAACAAUCUUCAGCCUGGAGGAGCAGAGAGCAGAGAUGGUGAAGAGGAUUGUCCUCUUUCUGCAAAAGGUGUGGCGAGGGACACUGGCCAGAAUGCGUUACCGCCGCAUGCGUGCCGCCCUCAUCAUCAUCCGAGCAUACAGAAGAUACAAGGUCAAGUCAUACAUCCGUGAGGUCAACCGACGCUUCAAAAACGUGCGUGGCAUGAAGGAUCACGGCAAACAUGUGAAGUGGCCCACACCACCCAAGGUCCUGCGCAAGUUUGAGGAGGCACUGAGGAACAUCUAUAACAGAUGGUGGGCCUGGACGCUCAUUAAAGUCCUGUCUCCAGAGGAGAUGGUGCAGAUCAGGGCUAAAGUGGCCACAUUAGAGUGUCUGAAGGGGCAGAGAGCAGAUCUUGGCCUGCAGAGAGCCUGGGAGGGCAACUACCUGAAAAAGGACAGUCCUGGGACAGCUUCUUCCUUUACUCUUGUUUCCAGUGAUCUGCAGAGGAAAGAUAAGUUCAUGAGAGUCCUCUUCUCCUGCAAUGUCCGCAAAAUCAAUCGGUUCAAUAAAGCAGAGGAUCGAGCAUUGCUCAUCACGGAUCGCCACCUUUACAAAAUGGACCCCGUCAAGCUGUACAAGCCCAUGAAGAGCAUCCCACUCUAUAAUGUGACCGGAGUGAGCAUUUCCCCUGGGAAAGACCAGCUGGUCGUCUUUCACACCAAAGACAACCGGGACCUAAUUGUGUGCCUGCAGGGCAUGGUGCCAGCGGGGGACAGCCGCAUCGGAGAGCUGGUUGGGACCCUGCUCAGCCACUUCAAAAGUGAGAAGAGGAAGCUACAGGUGAACAUUGUCAGUCCCAUUCAUUGCAGUAUGAAUGGAAGGAAGUGCACUGUCAUCGUGGAAACCAAGAUCAACCAAUCACAGCCAGACUUCACCAAGAGCCGAUCAGGAUACAUUCUCUCAGUGCCAGGCAACUAGAUGACCAGAGAUCCCAAAACAGCCCCUUUAAAAGGACAUUGACAGCAGGGUAUCUAUUUUGUGCUAGUCCAAACCUUUUAGUUGAACUGUAGAUAUGAAGCCAUACCAAAUUUGCCUGAAGACAGGCAAGGAAAAAUGUUUAAUAAUAAAAAAUAAAAAAAAGUUUGUCCCUAAAUUCCAAACUUCAGUUUAGAUUAUGACAAGGAGGUAGCGAUAAAGACCCUCAGAAAAGAUUUACCAAACUCAUCGCUGUUUAUUUAUUAAACAUUAAAACCAAAUGAAGCGCAAUCAUAAACGUAGUAUUUAUGAGGAACAGGAUAUGCAGGAUUUUAAAAGUAUCUAACUUGUGUUUUGAGGUUUUUCCUUCAAAGGGAAUUUGUUGGUUUUUGAUCACUGCUUCAUGUUGGAUGAAGAAUAGCUCUGCUUGUGUCCCGAUGUAUUGCACAGAUCAUAAGCAGUCCUGCGGUUGCUGCUGAAUUUGAUCAGAUGUUCUUGAGCGGGAUGUGUUGAUCAUAUCCUUAAACUCAUUAACUGCUCAAAGAGGAGCGUUAAACUCUCUCGUAAUUUAAACCAUUCUUUUUUUCUGCAUAUAGCUGGUCAUUUAUAGCACAUUGUAUACAGAAACUGUCAUAUUGGAUAUAGCUUAUAUAAUGUACUGUAUAUGCACAAUAUAUAAUGUAGUUAGGAUGAGAGCUGUCAUUUAUUCACAUAUUUCCUGAUUUUGGAGUAGACAAGCAAAGAAACAACAACAAAAAAAACUAUUCAACCACUUCUGUGAUGAUAAAGCCAUUUAAAAAAUGCUCUCUCAUGUUUACAAUGACUUCAAAGUAGUUGCCAUUUUACAUGAGCCAAAAAUGCAUGUCACCAACCCAUUGUUUCAUUAGGGUCCAAUUUUACUUCUGUCAGCUAGUUCUAUUUAGUCAUAGUUCAGUAUUUUGUCAAUAUUACUACUGCAAACAGCUAGUGUUGAUAUUACGAACUUUGCACAUCUGUGUGUAUAAAUGUGUUCAAAUAAGAAAGAAAGAGAGCAGUAUUGAUUCAUAGAACAAAAUCAACAGAGUUCUGAGUGGAAACUCCCAAGAUGUCUGACCCAGUUUGAAGCUUUCGUAACUGAUAAAGAAAGUGCCAAGCUGAAAACUGACUGCUGUUUUUCAUUCCUGAGAUGUUUGCAUAAAUCUGGUUUUCCAUAAUUGUUCCAUUGUUUUGUUCAUGGCUUCUAGAAAGAGAUCUUUUUUAUCAGUUAAUUAGGAUCGUUUUCUGGUGGCCAAAAAUAUCCCUAAGCUCCGAUCACUGGGUGGAAUUAAAAUGAGGGAAUGUGCAUUCGAUGGUGAACUAAGGGUCACGACAGUCAGACGGUCAGUGAACGCUGAUCAUGUCUGCUUCAAACAGGUGCACACGCACUCUCUCAUCUUCUUUCUCAGUCAGUGUGCUCUCUCUUGACUGUUAGCCUGGAUUGUUAAAGUGUGUCAGUAAAAAAAAAUGCACAUAUAGUACGUUAGGAAGAUCAAGUCAGAUGAUCUGAUCCAGUUUCUGCUCACCAGUUCUUAAAAGCAAAGAAUUGCAAUAAAUGGACUUACAGCGAUUUCUAAAAGUUGUCAAGGUCUAUUUUUCUAGAAAUCAAACACUAUUGUAUAUUAGACAUUUUUUGGCCAUCAGUAGAAAAAUACUGACUGUGUGCAAAUGCUCUUUUACCUUGAUAAAAGGAGUUAUAUAGUUGAUUAAGUUGCAUAAAAUCCAACCCAUUUUGUGGAGAGAGCAGUCUGUUUUGUUCUGGCAGAGAAAGUCAUAUGAUACCGAAUCAUUAUAUAAUAUAAAGUAAUUUCUGUCUUUCUUGUCGUGAACCCCAGUGAUUCUGUUUAAGUGCAGAAUAAUUCCAGUUCCCAGGUAAAAGUCUUUUAUGUUCUUUGUUGUAAUUAUACCUAUUCAUCUUGGUUAAUGUUCGAGAUUCAGUCUGAUCCGAUCAAAUAAUGUGCCUACUUUUAUACUUUAAUUAUUUAAUUAAUAUAUUUUAAAUGAUGUUUUAAAUUUUGAAAAUAUGUUACACAUGAUUGGACCAAGUCAAAAAGGGAAUCCAGUUUAUACAGUGGGUUUCUUUAGGAAUAGCUUUUUUUUCAUAAGUAUAUUAACACAAUAACCUGUGCAUUUAGUAAUGAAAAUGAUUAUAUGGAAACCAAGCAGCUACACUUUAAAACCAUUAUAUUGCUUAGGAAUGUUUUACUGUUUUGUUUUGUUAAUCAAAUAAACGCUGUACCAAAUAUCUGCUCCUGAAAAUAAACAUGCCCUUGAAGUGUCUGCUCCAAGGCUUUUGCUCCAUCA